AUGCGCAACAAAGUGCUACUCGGUGUGCUUUCCAGCGUGCCUCUGCUAGUCUCAGCACAAUGCCCAGAAUACAGCGACUACGCGAAAGUGGUACAUGAGCCGCUAAGCUCAGGCAAGUACCGUCUUGCCUACCAACGGCCGUCAGAAGAGUGCCGCACCUUCAAAUCCCAAGGCCUUGAAGACCUCAUCACCCGCAUGAAGGACGUCAUCAAGGAUCCGGAUCUAUACCGCCUUUUCCAGAAUGCAUAUCCCAAUACGCUCGACACGGCCAUCAAAUGGAAGGGAUAUGCUGCUGAUAAUGCAGAAGAAGAAUUGACUUUUGUCAUUACUGGAGACAUCAAUGCAAUGUGGUUACGCGACUCAUCGAAUCAGAUGCAGAGCUACCUGCCACUGCUGAACGCGAGUAGCGAUGCCAAUUCCAUUGCAAGUCUAUACCGCGGUGUCAUCAACUUGCAGGCGCGGUACCUGCUCACAUCUCCAUAUUGCAACUCAUUUCAGGCACCCACCGAAAGCGGUAUCCCUCCAGCCACCAACGACUACGCGAAUACAGAUCAGGUCCACCCUACAUACUCUAACCAGAGUGUAUUCGAAUGCAAGUAUGAGCUGGACUCGCUCGCGGCGUUCUUGCAGAUAUCCGCCGAUUACUACCAGGCAACAGGAGACGUUGAAUUCUUUGGGAAAUUCAAGUGGGCACAGGCUGUUGAAGCCGUUCUCAACGUAGCAGAUGAUAUGACGCUCCCUACAUAUGGUGCGGACGGAGCUGUUUUGGAUAGCCCAUAUACAUUUGAGCGCUCAAACGUACUAGCUACCGAGACGUUUUCCAACUAUGGAAUCGGAAAUCCAGUCGCCAAUGGUACAGGCUUGAUUCGAAGUGGAUUCAGGCCUAGUGACGAUUCUACCAUCUACCAACUCUUUAUUCCUGCCAACAUGAUGUUUAGCUCAUUCCUGGCGCCGACUGCUGAGAUUAUGGGAAAGUUGAAUGGCACCAACACCAAAGCGCUUGCGCAGAGAAUGUCUGCACUCUCAGAGUCACUGCGCAAUAGCAUUGAAAAGCAUGCGACAGUUGAUCAUCCGACUUUCGGCAAAAUCUACGCGUUUGAGGUUGACGGGUAUGGCGGACGCACCAUCAUGGACGACGCCAACAUUCCGGGCCUUCUCUCUGCGCCCUUUUACAAGUACCCGGUCAAUAACGAGACGUAUGCCAACACGCGCAACUUGGUUCUCAGCGCAACAAACCCCUAUUACAUGAGGGGGCCUGUUAUCAACGCAAUUGGCGGACCACAUGUAGGAUUGGGUAAGGCGUGGCCUAUGGCAUCCAUUGUACGAAUCCUAACGAGUAAUGACGAUGCUGAGAUUGUGAACGAGUUGAGGCAAAUCGUUAGCAGCACUGACGGGUUGGGCCUCAUUCAUGAAAGCGUAAACUCGUUCAACGCGAGUGAUUGGUCAAGGCAAUGGUUCUCGUGGGCGAACGGGCUUUAUGGGCAGAUGCUUUUGGAUCUUGAAGAUCGCAAGCCGGCAUUGCUGGAGACGAGUUUCCAGUAA